GAAAUCAGGAAGGCAGUGAGUGCUCAUGUUACAGUAGCUAUGUUUGAUUUUGCCAAACAUUUGAGUGGGGUGGGAGGGGAUUUGCAAAUGGGAGUCCCGCUUUUCCAAAUGGCUGGCCAAAGAGCUUUUUCGUAUUCUGUUUGGAUGCCCAAUUUGGAUAACUGGGGACCAAUAGCAGCAUUGUCUCUUUGUUAACAGAGGAAUUGGCUGUGUGUGAAUUAUGCAUGGAAUUUUAGCGGUGGUAUAAUUAAUGUAAAACGUGUGUUCUUGUCUAGAAAAUGUUACUCUUGGUUGUUUGCUGAAUUUGAAAGUUGUGUGAACCAAAGAUUCCGAAAAGUUGCCUUUGUGCCAGUAAAUUGUAAACCAAAUAUUAAAAACCUGAAUGUUCAAAAUUGGCCUAGUUUAAAGAGAACAUAAACUUAUUUUCUGUCGUGCAAUAGAAUGGCUUAGAAUAAUCAAAAGGAUGAGCUUAACUUACGGAAGGGAUGGAUUUAGGAGGAAUAUGGUAAGGACUCGAUUGAGUACAGAGGGAAGCAGAUCUAAAGUUGGUGUGAUUUCUUGGAGACCCUGAAUUUAGGUCUGCUUAUUAAACGUCAGCAGCUCUAGUGCAAUGCUGGUAACGCGUAGCAGGAGGAGAUAUUAAGGAGCCCAGCUUUUAACAAGGAAGGCGAGGCGAGGCACUUCUGUCAGCUUCCCCUUAGAAGGGUUCAUUUUAAAAGACUAACUUUGUGACAUAAAUCAUAUUUUUAGUUUGUUUAUAACUGUCAUUGGUAUUUACUAUUUUUUUCUUUUCUUUUUCCCCUUCCUUGCUCUUCUGACUGGUCUCUGGCUUCCUCCAAAGGGAUGUGCUGUUGUUGAAUUCAAGAUGGAAGAGAGCAUGAAAAAAGCUGCGGAAGUCCUAAACAAGCAUAGUCUGAGUGGAAGACCACUGAAAGUCAAAGAAGAUCCUGAUGGUGAACAUGCCAGGAGAGCAAUGCAAAAGGCUGGAAGACUUGGAAGCACAGUAUUUGUAGCAAAUCUGGAUUAUAAAGUUGGCUGGAAGAAACUGAAGGAAGUAUUUAGUAUGGCUGGUGUGGUGGUCCGAGCAGACAUUCUUGAAGAUAAAGAUGGAAAAAGUCGUGGAAUAGGCACUGUUACUUUUGAACAGUCCAUUGAAGCUGUGCAAGCUAUAUCUAUGUUCAAUGGCCAGCUGCUAUUUGAUAGACCAAUGCACGUCAAGAUGGAUGAGAGGGCCUUACCAAAAGGAGAUUUCUUCCCUCCUGAGCGUCCACAACAACUUCCCCAUGGCCUUGGUGGUAUUGGCAUGGGGUUAGGACCAGGAGGGCAACCCAUUGAUGCCAAUCACCUGAAUAAAGGCAUCGGAAUGGGAAACAUAGGUCCCGCAGGAAUGGAGGGGCCCUUUGGUGGUGGUAUGGAAAACAUGGGUCGAUUUGGAUCUGGGAUGAACAUGGGCAGGAUAAAUGAAAUCCUAAGUAAUGCACUGAAGAGAGGAGAGAUCAUUGCAAAGCAGGGAGGAGGUGGAGGUGGAGGAAGCGUCCCUGGGAUCGAGAGGAUGGGUCCUGGCAUUGACCGCCUCGGGGGUGCCGGCAUGGAGCGCAUGGGCGCGGGCCUGGGCCACGGCAUGGAUCGCGUGGGCUCCGAGAUCGAGCGCAUGGGCCUGGUCAUGGACCGCAUGGGCUCCGUGGAGCGCAUGGGCUCCGGCAUUGAGCGCAUGGGCCCGCUGGGCCUCGACCACAUGGCCUCCAGCAUUGAGCGCAUGGGCCAGACCAUGGAGCGCAUCGGCUCUGGCGUGGAGCGCAUGGGUGCCGGCAUGGGCUUCGGCCUUGAGCGCAUGGCCGCUCCCAUCGACCGUGUGGGCCAGACCAUUGAGCGCAUGGGCUCUGGCGUGGAGCGCAUGGGCCCUGCCAUCGAGCGCAUGGGCCUGAGCAUGGAGCGCAUGGUGCCCGCAGGUAUGGGGGCUGGCCUGGAGCGCAUGGGCCCCGUGAUGGAUCGCAUGGCCACCGGCCUGGAGCGCAUGGGCGCCAACAACCUGGAGCGGAUGGGCCUGGAGCGCAUGGGCGCCAACAGCCUCGAGCGCAUGGGCCUGGAGCGCAUGGGCGCCAACAGCCUCGAGCGCAUGGGCCCCGCCAUGGGCCCGGCCCUGGGCGCUGGCAUUGAGCGCAUGGGCCUGGCCAUGGGUGGCGGUGGCGGUGCCAGCUUUGACCGUGCCAUUGAGAUGGAGCGUGGCAACUUUGGAGGAAGCUUCGCAGGUUCCUUUGGUGGAGCUGGAGGCCAUGCUCCUGGGGUGGCCAGGAAGGCCUGCCAGAUAUUUGUGAGAAAUCUGCCAUUCGAUUUCACAUGGAAGAUGCUAAAGGACAAAUUCAACGAGUGCGGCCACGUGCUGUACGCCGACAUCAAGAUGGAGAAUGGGAAGUCCAAGGGGUGUGGUGUGGUUAAGUUCGAGUCGCCAGAGGUGGCCGAGAGAGCCUGCCGGAUGAUGAAUGGCAUGAAGCUGAGUGGCCGAGAGAUUGAUGUUCGAAUUGAUAGAAACGCUUAAGCAGUUGCCUUUUUUAAACAUCGAUACGAGACCUCUGAAUUUGUAUUUUUUCUUGUUAACCAUUUUAAUUUGUUGGCUGGAUGUAUAAAGAUGUUUAAAAAAUUCAGUUGCUUUUUGGGGUAAUUUGAAUUACUUUUUUAAUGACUGGGGUUCCAUUUGACUGUUUGCAUUGAGAUUGCAAUGUGCGCAAUUUUUUUUGUAGUUGUGGCAUCUUGUUGACAUCGAAUAUGACUUUGAUAAUAAAUACCGGUUCCUGAAAA